AUGGCCAUUCCAUAUUUUAUCCAGUCUUUAUUUUUUCUUUUUUUUUUCUCCAGAUAUUAUUGAUGGCGUGGCGGCGAGUUUCGGUCUUUUUCUCCCGGCGUGAAGGGAUUCCCGCGAUCUGAAUGGUGUCUCUAGCGAAUCCGCUAAUAAGCAAAGAACGCCAGUGUCACCGGUGCCCUGGGAAGACGGGACACGACAGUCCAGACGGACGGGAGCACGACUUUGCUGCUCACGCUCUCACUCAGCCAGCCUUCCGUAGUUCCAUAGCCUUUGAAGCUCUCAAGGCUGCGCCAUCGAUGAAAGGCAUCUUUUACGUGCAGGACAUCUGUGUAACGUAUCUUUGCGGGUUGGGAAGAUCUUGCACCAACAACACAUCCACGCAUCUCGAAAAGAUAUUACAACCUCCCGUCACGCACGGACAGCCAAAGAAUGGUACAACACCACAAUCUCAAAAAGUCUUUCAACGGCAUGAGAUAGUAUCAAAAACAAACCCAGCGGCAUGUACACUAGAAAGGAAAGAGGGGAUCCCAACCAAAGUACCCCUUCGGACGGCCCUACACCAAGCAGGCCUGCUAUGGCCCAGCAAGACCAACGGCCACGGUAGUAAAUCGAGCGAGGCCAAGGACGGCGAAGAGGCCGCAUGUGUGAACAACCGGCCGUCUUUGUGGAUGCCCGUGCUUGUUGGCGCUCGUUGGUGGACCGGGAGCUGGGAUGGGAUGUGUUCACCGGGGCCAGACAGAUCAAAACCCACCAAAGCCCACCAAGCCCACCGGGCGCCACAGGCAUAGCAUCAUCGAACAAGGGCCAGCGCGCAUGCAACGUGGGAGCGCCCGGCCAAGUUU